UGCAUCGGUGAACAAUUGAUGUAAUUCAUUGCACUUUCUAUUUAGUCUUCACUUAAAAAUAAAUGAAAUGUUGGAGGAGAUAAUCGGGUUUGCCUUGUCGGUCUGUUCACUUUUUGCUGCAGAUACACCAAGAGUAAGUUCUAACACAGAAACUCUACCCGAAAAUACAAAUGUUGAAUUUAGAGAAAUCGAGAAUGACGCACAAAAAACUUUCAUCAACAAAGAAUACGACGAGAAUAAUUAUGCUAGAUCAAGCGAAGAUUUUGUCCACGGUCGCUCAAACCUUAUUGAAAGAAAUUAUGAGAAUUGUCAAAAUAGUAGAAAAGUUUGGAGGACAUUUUGGAAAUGCUUGUGGAUUAACUUAAAUAUCAUUGUGGCCUCCAUUAUUUCUAUUGCAUUUUGUACAACGCUUGUUUACGUGGCAAUGAAUACCGCUUACAGCUGUCUGGAUUGGCAGAGUCACAACAACAACAAGACAUUACCGUUAUCUAUAAAACGUGCUCACAUUUUUGGUCGUUGCGUGGAGUCGUUAACAGUGUAUUUGUGGUUUCCAUUUACAAUGAUGAUAUUAUUUGGAUGGAAAGAGUUUAAGGCAAUGUUUUUAUCCACGAUUUAUAUAGCUGUCAUAUUUAGCGAGUUGAACGUUAUUUAUAAAUUGAUUUCAUUUCAGUUUAAUGUUUAUGAUACAUAUAGCUACUAUGUAUAUCCUCCAAGUGUUUUGUUUUGGGUCUCAAUAGUUUUAUCGACGUUUGUGGUACUUUACAACAUCCGUGCUUUCAAACCUUUCAUCCCUUACUCCAACUUUCACAUUACAGUGCUUAUCAUUAUGCAAUUUGUCUUUUGUACUUUGAUUUCAUAUUUCUACAAGUUUAUAAUUAUUCCUGAGUUCAAUAACGUUCGUGUUAACUUGUUUAAAUUCUUGAUCGCCACGUCUUCACCAUUGUUAGCGAUUAUUCCUACAGUCUUGUGUGGGCAUUUGGCGUCGAGAAAAAGUUCUAAGGUCGUUCAUCCCGGUCGUAGCUUUAUCAUGGUCUAUAUGAUUCGAGGCGGCGUUAUAUUCCUUUAUAGAACAAUGCAGACAAACUUCAAAAGUAUUUGGCUUUUUCUUGGUCUUUCAUUGUUUUCAGCAGUUUUAAACUUUUCAAAAAAGGCGACCCAAGAACUUCGUUUCAAAUUAUGGAAACGAAUGAUUUCAGCUUUGAAUAAGCUACGUUGUUUUAAAAGACUACAAGUUUUACCAUGGAACACUGCUCGUGCAAGACGGUUGAAAGCUGACCUUGAAAUUCAAGAUAUACUUUUUGAAUACAACACCCUUGUUUUGAGCCAAGCUUACUUCAUUUCAUAUCAGCUUCAAAGUUUUAACAUCGCCACUGAACCAUUGUUGUAUGAGUUCCUGAAAAGAAUUGUGAUUGGUGUUUUAAUAGAUUUUAUCUUUAACUGUCUGUCCAACUAUGUGCAAAUGUAUUAUUACAACAUUCCCAUUGGCCGCGUGUGGAAAAAGUACUGGAAACGACAUUUGUUUGCCAAUGUAGUAGUGGUUUUAGUAAUUAUUUCUUAUUUCAGCCGAGAUUUAGAAUCUGUUUUUCAAUCGCAUUUUCAAAAGUCUGGAGCCAGUUCUACAAAGCACUCUAUAAGAAAUUGUUCUUUGCUUUAGUUAAGAAUCAUUAUGAUCUUUUAUUAAUAAAUAAAUUGUGUUUUAAUAAUAUUAGUAAUUGAAUAGAAAUAUUAAAAUAUUCAGUCACAUUACCAAUAAUAUUUUCUAACCAUAAAACACUGUAUGGAGAAA